ACAGAUCCUAGCAAAAUAUUAUAUAAUCCGAGAACUUGACGGAGUGUCCGAUUCUGUUGUAUGCUGUUUAUCAAGUGCCACGGCCUGCUUUCAGACGUGCCGGUCACCCAUACUCUGAUCUAUUGCUUCUUGACAACCUAAUUCGUUUCUGACGGCCCACAGACGGCCCACCCAGAACCACUUGGGCAUUGGAAGGAACGAAAUAUCAUGACUGCAAGCAAGUACGGCCCCGAGGUGCAAAAGGUGCCGGCCAACACUCCAGUCGAAGAUAUCAUAUACCUCCUCAAACGAGAUGGUGGAGUCUUUGUCAAGGGCCUCGUCCCCGCUGCCGAUGUUGACAAGGCUUUUGAGGAUUGCCGGGCAAGGCUCGAAUCUGAUGUCGAGUGGAAUGGUCAAUUCUUCCCUAAAGAGACACAGCGCGCCCCGUCGCUGCUCAAGCAUAGCCCAACUUAUGCGCGGACGCAAAUGAUGAAUCCGCUCUACCAGAAAGUGGUAGAGCACUUCCUCACGACUCGCAGCUGGUUCUGGUGGGGCAAUGAGAAGAAGGAGUCGGUGUCCAAGCCAUAUGUACAUUCGUGUACGGCAAUGAGCAUCGGACCGGGGGGCAAGGCCCAGCCACUCCACCGGGAUGACUACAUCAGUCAUAACUACCAUUCUGAGAUUGACGCCUGGGAUGACGAGCGGGACAAGAAUCGCGAGACGGCGGUGGGCUUGUUCGUCGCUGGGUGCAAGGUGACCAAGGAGAACGGGGGAACACAGUUUAUUCCUCGAUCACAUCUGUGGGGAACCGACCGGCACAUGCCUCCACGCGUGGAAGAGUGUAUUUUUGCCGAGAUGGAAAAGGGCGACGCGUUCAUCAUGCUGGCAUCGGCAUACCAUGGAGGCGGGAACAACACUACCAAGGACGAGCGGCGGCUGAUGUUUGCCACAUUUUCGGUUCGUGGCUACAUGCGACAGGAGGAGAACCAGUACCUGGCGGUACCCCAGGAUGUUGCCAAGAAGUUUGACCGGGACAUACAGGAGUUUAUGGGCUACUCGAUGAGCGACCCGGCCGGUGGCUUUGUGGAGGAGAUGGAUCCCAUCUUCGUGCUGCGGCCCGAGGAAGACAAGGGGCCUAAAGACUUCUGAGAUCAUGGGACGACAAACGUUCUAGUGUCACCCGAUUGUGUUGUGUUCAUUUUUUAAUAUCUGACCAGCUAGCUUUCGAGGUUCAUAAUUCUUAAGACGCGAUAGUAUAUG